AAACCCUGCUGGAGGGGGCGGCGAGCGCACCGCACUACCGGCUGCUGCUCCCGCUCUCCCGCCGCUCCUCUCUGCGGCUACCGCGCGCCUCGCCCCGGGCGGCCCAGCGCACUCCUCCGACGCCGAGAUGAAGGUGCUGGGACACAGGCUCCAACUGCUGACAGGGCUUCUGCUCCACGACGUGACCAUGGCUGGGCUGCAGGAGCUGCGCUUCCCUGAGGAAAAGCCUCUGCUCCGUGGCCAGGAUGUGACCGAACUGGAUAACCCUGACGCCUUCCUCUCAGUUGUGGACACAGACUGGAAGGAACAUGACAUUGAGACGCCUUACGGCCUCCUGCAUGUGGUGAUCCGGGGUUCUCCCAGAGGGAACCGCCCGGCCAUCCUCACCUACCAUGAUGUAGGUCUCAAUCACAAGCUGUGUUUUAACACCUUCUUCAACUAUGAGGACAUGCAAGAGAUCACCAAACACUUCGUGGUGUGCCAUGUGGAUGCCCCUGGGCAGCAGGUGGGAGCGUCACAGUUCCCUCAGGGGUACCAGUUCCCCUCCAUGGAGCAGCUGGCUGCCAUGCUCCCGAGUGUGGUGCAGCACUUCGGGUUCAAGUACGUGAUCGGCAUUGGAGUGGGAGCCGGAGCCUACGUGCUGGCCAAGUUUGCGCUCAUUUUCCCUGACUUGGUGGAGGGGCUGGUGUUGAUGAACAUUGACCCCAACGGCAAAGGCUGGAUUGACUGGGCCGCCACCAAGCUCUCUGGCUUGACCAGCACGUUACCAGAUACAGUACUCUCCCAUCUCUUCAGCCAGGAGGAGCUGGUGAACAACACAGAGCUGGUGCAGAGCUACCGGCAACAGAUCUCGAACGUGGUGAACCAGGCCAAUCUGCAGCUCUUCUGGAACAUGUACAACAGCCGCCGAGACCUUGACAUUAACCGGCCCGGGACGGUGCCCAAUGCCAAGACCCUUCGCUGCCCCGUGAUGCUGGUAGUUGGAGAUAAUGCGCCUGCCGAGGACGGGGUGGUUGAGUGUAACUCCAAACUGGACCCAACCACCACGACCUUCCUGAAGAUGGCAGAUUCUGGUGGUCUUCCUCAGGUGACACAGCCAGGGAAGCUGACUGAGGCCUUCAAAUACUUCCUGCAAGGCAUGGGCUACAUUGCACACUUGAAGGACCGAAGGCUGAGUGGAGGAGCAGUGCCCUCAGCCAGCAUGACCCGCCUUGCGCGCUCACGCACCGCAUCCCUCACCAGUGCCAGUUCUGUGGAUGGUGGCCGCCCUCAGCCCUGUGCCCACUCAGAGAGCAGUGAGGGGGUGGGCCAGGUGAACCACACCAUGGAGGUAUCCUGCUGAAGCCCUCAUCCCACUCAAGACACCUGCUUACCUGCCCCCCUAGUCCCACUGUUAUCUCUGCACUGGCUCGUCUUCCCUUUAGUUUAUCUUUGUGAGAGUGAAGGGGAGGGAAUGGGGUUACUUCUCUUUUAUUUACAAAAUGAGGGGAUCCACCUGAGUACAGCAGAACAGUCUUAGAUGGUGCGAGGGGCUCGCCUCAUACACUCCCAUGUCACCCAGCAUGUUCACUGGUUAAUGUGGUCCCUCUCAUCUGCCCACCACGGCCGUGAGGUAGGGCCAGGAUAUAGGAUACAGUAUUGAAGAAAGAGCGUGGUCCACCUCCUGGGGUUUGAAGAUGGUGGGUGAUGAGCUUAGCUUAGGCUCUGCUGUGGGUGGGAUUCAGACCAAUGGGGAGGGUCCCUUUCCUAUAACUCUUGCACCAAGCACACUUACUCUUAAGUAGAGGUGACAGUCAUGAGGAUGGGAGCCACAAGAGGGCGCUCUAAGCAGACUGCCAUUAUCCUGGUGCUUUCUGGGCAGGACAGGUGAUGUAAGGCC